AUGAACGAAAGUCCUACCGAUGUGGCAUCCAGCGUGGUAGACUACGAAGAGCUGAUGGCAGCAUGGGCGUACAGUGCGUCCGCCAUCACGCUGUUUUUCAUCGGGUUCUUUGGCUUCUUCCUCAACCUGUUCGUGAUCGUGCUCAUGUGCAAGGAUAUGCAGCUAUGGACGCCGAUGAACAUCAUUCUUUUCAACCUGGUCUGCUCCGACUUUUCCGUGUCCAUCAUCGGCAACCCGCUGACCCUGUCGUCGGCCAUCUACCACCGCUGGAUCUUUGGCAGGACGCUCUGCGUGGCGUACGGAUUUUUCAUGUCCCUGCUAGGGAUCACUUCCAUCACGACGCUGACGGUGCUCUCGUACGAACGCUACUGUCUCAUCAGCCGUCCGUUCUCGUCGCGGAAUCUGACACGCCGAGGCGCCGUCCUGGCCGUGUUCUUCAUCUGGGGCUACUCGUUUGCCCUCACGUCACCUCCACUGUUCGGCUGGGGUGCGUACGUGCAGGAGGCAGCUAACAUCAGCUGUUCGGUGAACUGGGAGUCGCAAACGAGAAACGCCACCACCUACAUCAUCUUUUUGUUCCUGUUCGGGCUGGUUGUUCCGUUGAUUGUAAUAGUGUACAGCUAUACCAACAUCAUCGUCAACAUGCGGGAGAACUCGGCCCGCGUUGGGCGCAUUAACCGGGCGGAGCAGCGCGUCACCUCGAUGGUGGCGGUGAUGAUCGUGGCGUUCAUGGUCGCCUGGACGCCGUACGCCAUCUUCGCCCUGAUCGAGCAGUUCGGUCCGCCGGAGCUGAUCGGGCCGGGGCUGGCGGUGCUGCCGGCGCUGAUCGCCAAGUCAAGCAUCUGCUACAACCCGGUCAUCUACGUCGGCAUGAACACGCAGUUCCGGGCCGCAUUCACGCGGGUGCGCAACAAGGGGGCGGCACCGGGGGCGGAUCAGAACACCACCACCAUGCAGCGCGAGGUGACCAGGAGCAGCCGCGACAUGGUGGAGUGCAGCUUUGACUUCUGCCGCAAGAAGAAUCGGCUCAAGAUCAGCCUGCUGAAACCGUCCGGACAGCAGACGCUGGCAGACGCGUCCAGCUGCUCGCAUCCCGGCAAGGAAUUUAGCCAGUCCCCACCCGACCAAACGGUGCUAAACGUAACGCACGACGACACGACGCGCGGGUUCGUGCGUCCCGAAUUUGAACUAUCUGUGAUCAAUAGUGGAAAAUCGAUUUUGAUUAAGUCGAAACAAUUUCGGUCCAAUCUACUGUAA